GAAGUACAAAAAAAUGAGAUAGACGAAAAUUGUACCGAACAUCGAUCUCAAAAAUUUAAAAAAAAAAUUCAUGAUUCUCGUCAAUUAAAUUUAGUAACCUUAAGUACACAAAUAUUAAUUUAUUCCAUUACAUUGUACAUAAUUAAAUUGUUAAUUCAUUAUGGCGUUAAGAACGGAUAUGUACGUGUCUUGUAUUAAAAUGUUUGGCGUUCCCAUUGUUCCGCCACUUAUGACAGAUCAAAAAAGACAAGAAAUGAAAGAGUAUAAGGAAAAAGCAAUUGCUUAUGAACAUAAAUUUAAGGGUAAAAGAGUUAGCUUGGAUAGUGGAGUAAUGAUUAACAGUACAGAAAUGCAAAAAAUUGAAAACUAUGAAUCCCCUACUACAGUGUUAAAAGAACCUGUUUAUAAUGAUAUAAAUAAUACUAACAAAAUUGCAAUACUUAAUGGGAUAAAAACUGAUGGUUCAAUUUCUCCCGAAACACCAACAUUAAUAUCAGAAGAAGACGAGCAUAAUUCUAAUGAUAGUUCUUCCAAUAAACAGCCAAUAAUUAUAAAGUCUGAAACUGUUAGUUUAACUGAAAAAUCUGAUGACACUUUGAUUCCACAGCAAGAAUCAAAUAGUAAUUUAACUGUAAAUAAUUCAAUAACGCUUAAUGAAGAUAAUUUAAAUGAUAAUUAUCUUUAUAAAGAAUCAAAUAUUAAAUCUACAAAUCAUAAUUUAAAUCAAAAUUCUUGUGACACGUUGGUUUCAAAACAAGAACCAACUCAACUUUUAACUGUAACUAAUACUACUAUCCAUGUUGAUGGAGAUAAUAUAUCAACAAAACAAAUUCCUCGCUUAAGAAGUAAUUCAUAUACUUUAUCAUCACCAAGUCCAAUAAUGGUAGCAUUUUUAAAUAGUCAAGUUCAACAACAAUUAAUGGAACCAAAAAGUGUAGAAAACAAUAUUAAUCAUAGUAAAGAAAGUAAAUCUGAACCACUUAGUAUUUAUAUGACCAAUGAUAAUGAUGAAGAAAUAUUGAAAGUUAAAAGUCUUUCACUCAAUUCUGUUCCUAAAUCAUUUCAUAAACAUGAUCUUACAAACAAUUCCAUUGAAUUGAAUCUUAUUAAUAAAUGUACAGAAGAUAAUAUUAUAUCUGACCAACAAAAUCAAGAUGAAAGAGAAAGCUUAACUACUAUUGGAACAAAUUUUAGUAAUGAUGAAAGUAUCGUAGGAAGUGUGAUAACUGUUUUUAAUGGUAAUAGUUAUGAUAACAACAGCAGUCCCAAUUCAAUGACAUGCAAAUCUAUGAAACAUUGUUGUUGUCAAAAUAGCGAUGAUGAAUAUUCUAUAAGUAGCAGCAACAUUCGUUACAAAACUCCUGAGGAGUUAAAUCUAGAAACUGAACAAUUGCGCUUAGCAAAGUUGGAUUUAGAAAGAAGGCAUCAAGAAGAAUUGUCCAAUUUAAUAAAAAAACAGAUGGAAGAGCGAGAAAAAAUUGCAGUAAGGCAUUAUUUAGUAUCGCAAAGUAUAUCCGGAAUGUCUUUUGAUGGGUCUGAAUGUUCAGAAUCUAUAUCGAAACAAAUAUCUAGUUCUCCAUCAAUUCAAUCUGGAAUGACAGUCACUAAUGACAAAAGUAUACUAUCUGAUACUUCAUCAAUUAUUUCUAGCUGUUCAGUCAAUAAAAAUUUGGUUUGCUCAUCUCCAAGACAAAGAAUAUCACCUCGUUCUCCACAUUUACAGCAAAAUAUUAAAUUUUAUCAUAGAAUACGUGGUGGUCUAACAGCAAAAUGGACAAGAGCUCCCACUGAAGUGGAAAAUUCUGCGGCAACCAUUAUAAACGCUGGCGUUAGAGGUUAUUUAACCAGAAGGCUAUUACGCACUGAAAAGGCUCAAAUGUUUAAAAAGACUAUUUUAGAUUCAUUGAAGACAGCUCUGAUUAUGCAUAUGGAAUUAAAAAAGCAACAACCUACUGAAUCUGAUUUAGAACUCCAUCGAAGAAUCAUUAAUCAACUUACUACCGCUUGCUAUGAUUUGAAUGAUUUAAUUUUGGGAUCUGUACAUGAAAGAAUGACUGUAAUUAGGGGUGAUCGUGAACGGUUGAUGGCUGUAAAAAUGCGCCGCAAAUCAAGUUCUGCAUUGGUGAUUAACAAACAGUCUCCAACAUUAAAACAACCAAAAAAAUCAAGAUCAGGUUAUUCAUUGUCAAAGAAAGCAUCUGGCAAUUUUUCUGAAAAGAGUUCCUUCAAAAAAUAUUAAUUAUAUUUUAGUAAAAGAAUUAUAUAUGUAUUUACAAUAUUUUUAAGUUUUAUUAUUUAUUUUUUUUUUUUUUUUUUUUAGCUCAAUUGCUAAAAAUUAUUUAAUUUGUUUUUAGCACAAUAAUAAUUUUAUAAAAAGUUCUCAUUAGUUGUAAGAUUUAUACCAAAUAUGCCGUCCCAAUUUCGGUUGUUGUAUACCUUAAGAAAAUUAUUUUAAUUAUUAUGUUAUUUUAACACUCACAAGCACUUUUUUUAUAUUUUGUAUUUAAAUUUAAAAGUUUAUAAAUUAUAUGUUGGAGUGAAAAAUAAAACAUUUAAUGAAAUGA